AUGGAAGACCUGAACGUGGACGAUGGCUGUGGCGAUGGCGAUGGCAAUGGCCAACUCAUGACCACGUGUCCGGUCAGGAUGGCAUUUGGCUACCUCUUACUCUGUCUCUGUCUGCGUCUAUGGCUGCUGCAACAGAUUGCGCAUACGCAGCGUGUGAUGGCAGCCUACAUUGAAACCUAUAACGACUAUGGCCACAACCAUGAUGAGCAAAGGCUCCACUACUCCCAUCAAUAUCACAUAUCCGAUCCGAAGAGUCAGGUGCACAUCCUGCAUCGGGAACAGCGUCGGGGUGAUCAUGUCCUUGGCACAUACAGCCACCUGGAGCCGGGGGGACACAUACGCAGCGUUCAUUACGAAGUGCGUGGACCCCAUCAGGGCUACAAGGCAGUCAUUCAGCAACGAACGGCCCACAGUCGAGUGCAUCAGUCGCUGGAGUUUCGGCGCAAGCAACCGCCUCGGGCCCUGGCCCUGGCGCAGCCUGUGGCAUUUGUGGUUUAAACCGGACCCCAAAACCAACAAAAAGCGGUCUCUGGUCCAGCGUAUUUGUCUCAUUUCACGCAUCCUACAGUAAAUUACAAAAUGUUUAAUUGUCUUUCAAUGAAUUCGCUGAAAUGUUAAGUGAAUUUCGAACUUGAAAUGUAAAUUGAUUUCGGGCGGUGUACAUGAAAUUGUACGAAUUAUAAAA